AUGGCCCACAACGAUAUGAUGGACAAGCGCACAACGGCGCACUUAGAGGCCGAGUUGUUCCUCUCGAACGGCGAUGCGAUGGGCGAGGAGAACAAAGGUCAGAGCUCCUUGUCGUCGUCGAGUGGUGCUCCUCUAGACCUGACUCCAGAUGAGAUGUUAGACAAGUCGCACCAGAUUAGUUUGAGUAAGGGAAAUUUACAAAGCCUGAAGACAUUCACUGCUGCUCUGGCAAGUGUAACUUAA